AUGACGAAGAAGACUAUAAAUGAUAAAGAUCGAAUAAGAUUUCGGAAAUAUGAGUCUGGUGCUUCUAAAAGAAAUAUCAAGAAACGACAUGAGGCAAUGACCGAAUCAUUAGUGGGUUCGAUUUCAAAAUUGUUCAAUGCUAAAAAUGAACGUUCUCUACCUUUAAGUCAAGAUGAUAAUGGAGAAAAUGAUAGAUUAAGAGUAGAAGAUGAAAUAUUGGAAGAGCCUAUUAGUAAUCUUGUGGAUGAAGUGGUCCAAGUGGAUAAUGAAGAAAAUAAUAGGAUUGAAGAUAAUAUACUUGAACAACCAAUGACUACGGAUGUUAAUAUUGAAUUUGAAAAGGAUGUUGACGUUAAUUAUGAUCCAGGGUUGUGGGGAAAUAUGAAUGAUUCAAAAAGGAUAAUGUUAGUUCAACGAGGUCCUAUUAAGAUUCUAAAAGAUAAUUUUCCUAAGGAUAAUAUAAGUGAGAGACGUUUUUCCUCUAAUUUUUACGUUUCUAUUCUUCUCAAUGGUGAGAAACAAGAAAGGAAAUGGCUCGUUUAUUCAAAUGAGUUGAAUAAGGUCUUUUGUUUUUAUUGCAAAUUAUUUAAGCAUAAUACUAUGAUAAGUAGUUUGGCCGGAGAUGGAAAUAAUGAUUGGAGUAACCUUUAUUCAUAG